GGGAGGGGGCGAGCUGGAUUGCCGCGGAGCUCCUGCCGCCGCCGCAGCCUCCGCCGCAGCGAAGAGGCCAUGUUGUGUGGUGUGUGGGGCGGGGGGAGGAGGAGGAGGGAGUAAAGCCGAGCGAGGAGACGGGAGAGACACCACACACGGCACAAGAUGGCCGGAGAGGCAGCAGCAGCCCGAGCUGUCAGGCGGCCUGUCGCGGCCCGCGGGCCGGUUGCUGCGCUGGGAGCAGUCCCGGGACGUCCCGGAGGGCUCCGGGAGAGCGGGGAGGCCGCGGCCGAGGCAAGGCGGCCGUGCGCGGGUGCGGGAGCCCGCUGCCGAGGCGCCCGCGGAGGCCGGGCCCGCGACGCCCGGGGCUGCGCUGCGGCAGCGCCGGGGCUGGUGGCGCGCGCGGUCGGGAGGCGGCCCGCGCCGUGGGCGGGAGGCCGCGGCGGGCGCCCCGUCCGCGAGGCGCGGGCAAGAGCGAGCCGAUGGCGUCGGCGGCCGCUCUUCGACCCGGUAACUUCCAAGAUUAUAAUUAGUGUGGUUGCUGAUGAUUCUGAAUAAAAACAGCUUUUAUGCCAGGUGUGCCAUUUUGAAGACUGAGACAAUAGAGUUUUCUCUAUAGGAAUAAAGGCGAGCCCUUGGGACAGUCUGUAUUUUAUAUAGUAAAAAUGUGAAUCCCAGAUGGAUUGAAGGGGCUGUGCCACAGACAUUGUUGAAGCAUUUACACCCAGUCAUCUUGAAGAGUUUGAAAUGGACCUUACCACUGAGAAAUCAAGAUGGCAGCCCACUAUGGGGAAUUGAGGAAAAUGGAUUAAUGGAAGAGAAUGCUGUGAUCUUACACAACCAACACAGGGUUGUUUUAAUAUGGAUUCCAGGAAAUGAAUGACUCUUAACCAACACAAAUGGACCCUGGGAUUUACCUUUUAAAGACUUGUUACUAUCCUGUACAUUUUUGACAUCUGGAGGAUGCUACAUUUCUACAAAUGGUAGUUUGUAUUCUUGCAAUUUCUUGCAAUUUGAUCUGAGUGACCUUAUGGAAUGUUAACUUCAAUAAAAUUUCUAAAACUUAAAAAUUUCUCAGUUUGGGCCUUUUUUAAAUUUUUAGUGAAAGCUUCUAUUAAAUGUUCAUUUCACCUUAAUAACAUUUUGACCUUUCUAGUCACUUUUCAUUAAAGUGUACUGAAUAAAGCUGGUAAAUUGGGAUGCUUUUGUUUGGUUGGGAUUUAUUUAUGUUUAUUUGAAAAGCCAGGUCAGUGUACCAGUGCCUAGUGGAAUGGUCCUUUGGUUAAAAUGCAAUUUUUCUUUUUCUUUCUGUUUUUUUUUAAGCCAAGGCUUCUCUGUGUAACAGGCCUGGCCAUCCUGAAACGUGGCUUUGUAGACCAGUCUGGCCUCCUAGGUACACUAUCACAUCCUGCUUGGUUGGUGUUUUAUUAUAGGGUUUAAGUGAAUUUCUUUAAAAUUUUUUUUUGGUCUUUUUAAAAUAUCAUGCAUUUUAAUCAGUGGGUAAUAGGAACCUUGAAUCUUACGAGAUAAUGAAUUUACAAAACAAAGUACUUGUUGCGUACACAGUCUGAGACAGAUUAUCCUUCAAUUUGUGUUGAUGAAAGUGGUCCCUCUCUGACCUGUAUGUAUUUUUAAAGUAUAAGUAAAACAUCUCUUGGAAUGAAAUGUUCAUUUGAAUAUUUGAGUUAUUGAUUUGUAUUGUCUAACAUUAGAAGUGUAUUUUUAGGGGUUUUGGGUAUCCACAAAAGGGCUUCAUCUUUGACAGUGUAAUUUACGUUUGAAAACUUUACGGUUGGGAGUUUAAAUGAAUCAUGCCAUGCUUUAGAUUACCCAUGGUUGAAAAAUGUUAGGUUUUCAUUUAUUGCUACUUAAUAAGAGUUUUGGUAACUAAUAUUAUAAAGGAGUAAUGCGGAUUUUGUUUUGUUGACCAAAUGACCCUUGAUUAUGUUUUCUCAAUACAGAGAACAAAGAAUAAAAUAAUCCAUUAUUAAUGUAAAAUAAAAAUACACAUCCAUGGUAACCAUAUGCAGUGUUCUUUUGAGUGAUGUGAGGUAGUUGUUUGGUCUGUGUAAAUUAAAAACAGUUUUGGAUUUUGGUUUGGAUGUGAAAAUAUGUGUAUAUUUGAAACGAUUAUAGGUUUUACAUUUUCCUAGAUACGUUAACAUAACUGUUUUUGGUUGUGAAACAAAUGGAUUAUUGCAAUGAUGGAGUGACAUGGUUUUGACCAAUAAUAGGGUUCAGUAUUUUGAGUUUUUUGGACAUUUGUAUGAGGUUGGCUACUUGUCUGCAUGGGAGAAAACCCUUUGUUAAAUUAGUAAGUUUGUUUCUGUAGACCUUGUAUUCCACCUUGAAGGAGUUUGUCUUUGACAGUUUGGUAAUUGGCUGUUAGGUGUGGCCUAUUGUAAGUGACCUGUCGUUGAUGAAAUAUGGGCGUACCUAGAAUUGACUUAAAAUAUGAGUGAAGGGUUCAGAUAUACUGGUUCUUUUGGUUUUUGAAUUGAAGUUGAGUUUUUUAUUUAAAGGUGAUCAGUGUUGGUGUAUAUUCUUGAGUUUGAAGUUCAUUUUGUCCAAGUUAGUAGAAGAAGUAAAUAUGUUAUGAAUGAGGAUUUUUUUUUUGAUGUGUUGUACUUCCAAGGUUAUAUAAUGGGUUAAAGAAUUUUGUUGAUUCUGGGACAAAAAUAUUUGUACAAAAUUUUGCUCUACUGCAAUUGAACACUAGGGAGGCGCUCUUGAGUUGUAAAAAAAUUGCCCUUUCCUUCCAGUUGGGGUGGAAAAUUCCCCCUUAAGCUUAAUCUUUGUAUGUUUUUAGGCAUCAUAAAGACUGCAAGAGUUGAGCAUAAUUUAUGGUAUUGAGAUGUUGCUUCUAUUUACAAGCCAUUUUACCCAUGGGGGUGUAAAUUUUUUUAAAGAUUAGUACUUAAGCACAGCUUUAGAUUAUCUAAAAAUUAUCCUUAUUUCAAAAUGGCUUGAUAAAAUAACACUUCCUGUCCAGGGAGGAAGUUAUUUUAGCUCAAGCACUGAAAUAUUUAGCAGAUCUUUAGACAAAAGGAACAAAUUACAUUUCUCUCUGGCUUAAAAAGGGUGCUUGAGCCAGAGGGGGUUAAGAAGCCCUUCCCCCUCCCCCUGAUGGAGUGGUCUGGAGGGGCAGGGAGGUGUGGGGUUGGGGGUCUUCAGGCUCCCUUGGAUGGAGGAUCUGGUUCUUUUUCUUUCUUUUUUCUUUUUUUUUUUUUGGUGGAGAUGAAGGGGUGGGUCUAUGGUACAUCACCUGAGUUGUGGGGUAAAUGUAGAGAGUGUCAAUCAAAGGCAGAGCUCUCAGAGCUGGGAAGGAGGCUCUAGAUGGCGGCUGUGCCUUAGAGAGAGCGCGCUUUGCUCCCUGCUUCGGUUCACUUUACGCAACUUUCCCUAACUUUCGGGCAGCCUCAGGGGGCCCCCGCAGCCCCCUGCCUCUCCUAGUGACUUUCUGGGGUCGAUCCGAACCUUUUUUUGGGAGAAAAGCAGCUUUUAGGAGCUUUCUUUUCGUGCCUUGUUGGAAGAAGCUGCCGUAUUGAGAGCCCAGGUCGUUGUUUUUUCCAGCUUAGAAGCCAUGGCGCACCUCCAUUUUUGUGCGCUCUCCUAAUGAGGUUUUUUUUCCCUCUUCCGGACCUGUUUUAGUAUUAAUUACUGCUUUAUUUUUUGACAAGUCAACAUAUUUGAAGAUUAUUUCAUUUGCUUUUUGUUUUUUAACGGAGGACUUUGCGUUAUUUUUAAUUAUUUUGGAUCUGAUAUUUUUCUACUACUAGAUAGGACUCUUGCUUUGGACAUACUACAUGGAUCAGUAAAUACCUGGGCACAGGACUUCAAAGCAAACACAGAUUCCCCCUCCCCCUUAAUAUUUAAGAAUUAAAAGAUGAUGAGAAAUAAGGACAAAAGCCAAGAGGAGGACAGUUCGCUACACAGCAAUGCAUCGAGUCAUUCAGCCUCUGAAGAAGCUUCGGGUUCAGACUCUGGCAGUCAGUCUGAAAGCGAGCAGGGCAGCGAUCAAGGAAGUGGACAUGGCAGUGAGUCCAAUAGCAGUUCUGAAUCUUCUGAGAGCCAAUCAGAAUCUGAAAGUGAAUCGGCAGGUUCCAAAUCCCAGCCAGUUCUUCCAGAAGCCAAAGAGAAGCCUGCCUCCAAGAAGGAACGGAUAGCUGAUGUGAAGAAGAUGUGGGAAGAAUAUCCUGAUGUUUAUGGGGUUAGGCGGUCAAACCGAAGCAGACAAGAACCAUCACGGUUUAAUAUUAAGGAAGAGGCAAGUAGCGGGUCUGAGAGUGGGAGUCCAAAAAGAAGAGGCCAGAGGCAGCUGAAAAAACAAGAAAAAUGGAAACAGGACCCCUCAGAAGAUGAACAAGAACAAGGCACAAGUGCAGAGAGCGAACAAGAACAAAAGAAAGUAAAAGCGAGAAGACCUGUCCCUAGAAGAUCAGUGCCCAAACCUCAAGUAAAAAAGCAACCUAAGAUCCAGCGUGGAAAGAGGAAAAAGCAGGAGUCCUCUGAUGACGAUGACGACGAUGAUGAAGCUCCCAAAAGGCAGACUCGACGAAGAGCUGCUAAAAAUGUGAGUUACAAAGAAGAUGAUGACUUUGAGACUGAUUCAGAUGAUCUCAUUGAAAUGACUGGAGAAGGAAUUGAUGAACAGCAAGAUAAUAGUGAAACUAUUGAAAAGGUCUUAGAUUCAAGACUGGGAAAGAAAGGAGCUACUGGAGCGUCUACCACUGUGUAUGCUGUUGAAGCUAAUGGAGAUCCUAGUGGUGAUUUUGACACUGAGAGGGAGGAAGGUGAAAUCCAGUACCUUAUCAAGUGGAAGGGCUGGUCUCAUAUCCACAGCACAUGGGAGAGUGAAGAAUCCUUACAACAACAGAAGGUGAAGGGCCUGAAAAAACUGGAGAACUUCAAGAAGAAAGAGGAUGAAAUCAAGCAGUGGUUAGGGAAAGUUUCUCCUGAAGAUGUUGAAUAUUUCAAUUGCCAACAGGAGCUGGCAUCCGAGUUGAAUAAACAGUAUCAGAUAGUAGAAAGAGUAAUAGCUGUGAAGACAAGUAAAUCUACAUUGGGCCAAACAGAUUUUCCAGCUCACAGUCGGAAGCCAGCACCUUCAAAUGAGCCUGAAUAUCUAUGCAAAUGGAUGGGAUUGCCGUACUCGGAAUGUAGCUGGGAAGAUGAAGCCUUGAUUGGAAAAAAAUUCCAGAAUUGUAUUGACAGCUUCCACAAUCGUAACAACUCCAAAACCAUUCCCACAAGAGAAUGCAAGGCACUAAAGCAAAGACCACGGUUUGUAGCUUUAAAGAAGCAACCAGCCUACUUAGGAGGGGAGAAUCUGGAGCUUCGAGAUUAUCAGCUAGAGGGUCUCAACUGGCUUGCCCACUCCUGGUGCAAAAGUAACAGUGUAAUCCUUGCUGAUGAAAUGGGCCUAGGAAAGACCAUCCAGACCAUAUCAUUUCUCUCCUACCUGUUCCACCAGCACCAGCUCUAUGGGCCGUUUCUUAUAGUUGUUCCCUUAUCGACCCUUACUUCAUGGCAGAGGGAGUUUGAAAUCUGGGCACCAGAGAUUAAUGUCGUGGUUUACAUAGGUGACCUGAUGAGCAGAAAUACGAUAAGGGAGUAUGAGUGGAUUCAUUCUCAAACCAAAAGGUUGAAGUUCAAUGCACUCAUAACAACUUACGAGAUCCUCUUAAAAGAUAAGACCGUGCUGGGCAGUAUUAACUGGGCCUUCCUGGGAGUAGAUGAAGCCCAUCGGUUGAAGAAUGAUGAUUCUUUAUUGUAUAAAACUCUGAUUGAUUUCAAGUCCAACCAUAGGCUACUGAUCACGGGUACCCCUCUUCAGAAUUCCCUCAAGGAACUUUGGUCCUUGCUGCACUUUAUUAUGCCGGAGAAGUUUGAGUUCUGGGAAGACUUUGAAGAAGACCAUGGAAAGGGGAGAGAGAACGGCUACCAGAGUCUUCAUAAGGUACUAGAGCCUUUCCUUCUUCGGAGAGUCAAAAAAGAUGUGGAGAAAUCCCUUCCUGCCAAAGUGGAGCAGAUUCUCAGGGUGGAGAUGUCAGCCCUUCAGAAACAGUAUUAUAAAUGGAUCCUGACCAGGAAUUAUAAGGCUCUUGCCAAAGGAACGAGAGGUAGCACAUCUGGCUUCCUUAAUAUUGUGAUGGAGCUGAAGAAAUGCUGCAACCACUGCUACCUGAUCAAAGCUCCCGAGGAAAACGAAAGGGAGAAUGGCCAGGAGGUCCUUCAGUCCCUCAUCAGGAGCAGUGGGAAGCUGAUUCUAUUGGAUAAACUGUUGACAAGACUCCGAGAGAGGGGAAACAGGGUCCUUAUCUUCUCUCAGAUGGUGAGGAUGUUGGAUAUCCUGGCUGAGUACCUGACUAUCAAACACUAUCCUUUCCAGCGCCUGGAUGGUUCCAUCAAGGGAGAAAUCCGAAAACAGGCAUUGGAUCACUUCAAUGCAGAUGGGUCUGAGGACUUCUGCUUCCUGCUCUCCACACGGGCUGGUGGCCUGGGAAUCAAUUUGGCUUCAGCGGACACAGUCGUCAUCUUUGACUCAGACUGGAACCCCCAGAAUGACUUGCAGGCACAAGCCCGAGCACACAGAAUUGGUCAGAAGAAGCAGGUGAAUAUUUACCGCUUGGUUACAAAGGGGACUGUGGAAGAGGAGAUCAUAGAACGGGCCAAAAAGAAGAUGGUGUUGGACCAUCUGGUGAUUCAGCGCAUGGACACCACUGGCAGGACAGUUCUUGAAAACAACUCAGGAAGAUCCAACUCAAAUCCCUUUAAUAAAGAAGAGCUGACCGCUAUCUUGAAAUUUGGAGCUGAGGAUCUCUUCAAAGAAAUUGAAGGCGAGGAAUCAGAGCCUCAGGAAAUGGAUAUAGAUGAGAUUUUGCGCUUAGCUGAAACCAGAGAGAAUGAAGUGUCAACUAGUGCCACAGAUGAGCUUCUCUCACAGUUUAAGGUUGCCAACUUUGCAACGAUGGAAGAUGAAGAGGAACUAGAAGAGCGUCCUCACAAGGACUGGGAUGAAAUUAUUCCAGAAGAGCAAAGGAAAAAAGUGGAGGAGGAAGAACGGCAGAAGGAGUUAGAAGAGAUUUACAUGCUGCCUCGAAUUCGUAGUUCCACUAAAAAGGCUCAGACAAAUGACAGUGAUUCUGACACUGAGUCUAAGAGGCAAGCCCAGAGAUCUUCUGCUUCCGAGAGUGAAACGGAUGACUCUGAUGAUGAUAAAAAGCCAAAGCGCAGAGGGCGCCCCCGAAGUGUGCGCAAAGACCUCGUGGAGGGCUUUACUGAUGCUGAGAUCCGGAGGUUCAUCAAGGCUUAUAAGAAGUUUGGUCUCCCUCUUGAAAGGCUAGAGUGCAUAGCACGUGAUGCUGAGCUAGUGGAUAAGUCUGUGGCAGACUUGAAACGGCUGGGGGAGCUGAUUCAUAAUAGUUGUGUGUCAGCAAUGCAGGAAUAUGAAGAACAACUGAAAGAAAAUGCCAGUGAAGGAAAAGGACCAGGCAAGAGGAGAGGCCCAACAAUCAAGAUCUCUGGGGUUCAGGUUAACGUGAAGUCCAUUAUCCAACACGAAGAAGAGUUUGAGAUGCUACAUAAAUCUAUUCCUGUGGACCCUGAGGAAAAAAAAAAAUACUGCUUAACCUGCCGGGUCAAAGCGGCACAUUUCGACGUUGAAUGGGGCGUGGAAGAUGAUUCUCGUCUGUUGCUUGGAAUCUAUGAACAUGGCUAUGGAAAUUGGGAGCAAAUUAAGACAGACCCAGAGCUAAAACUAACUGAUAAAAUUCUACCAGUAGAGACAGAUAAAAAGCCUCAGGGGAAGCAGUUGCAGACCCGAGUGGACUACUUGCUGAAGCUGCUGAGGAAGGGUCUGGAGAAGAAGGGCACCGUGACCAGUGAGGAAGAGGCCAAACUAAAGAAACGGAAGCCUCGAGUAAAGAAGGAAAACAAAGCGCCUAGGCUGAAGGAUGAGCAUGGGCUUGAGCUGUCAUCUCCUAGACACUCAGACAACCCAUCUGAAGAGGGAGAAGUGAAGGAUGAAGGCUUAGAAAAAAGUCCAACGAAAAAAAAGCAGAAGAAGAAAGAGAACAAGGAGAACAAAGAGAAACCAGUGAGUUCUCGGAAGGACAGGGAAGGAGACAAAGAAAGAAAAAAGUCCAAGGAGAAGAAAGAGAAGGUUAAAGGUGGUGAUGCCAAGUCUUCAAGUAAAUCAAAGCGCUCUCAGGGUCCUGUGCACAUUACAGCAGGAAGCGAACCUGUUCCCAUUGGGGAGGAUGAAGAUGAUGAUCUGGACCAGGAAACCUUCAGCAUUUGUAAAGAGAGGAUGAGGCCUGUGAAAAAGGCACUGAAACAGUUGGACAAACCCGACAAGGGACUCAAUGUGCAAGAACAGCUGGAACACACCAGGAACUGCCUGCUUAAAAUUGGAGACCGCAUAGCCGAGUGCCUUAAAGCUUAUUCAGACCAGGAGCACAUCAAAUUGUGGAGGAGGAACCUAUGGAUUUUUGUUUCCAAGUUUACAGAAUUUGAUGCACGAAAACUACAUAAGUUAUAUAAGAUGGCUCAUAAGAAAAGAUCUCAAGAAGAGGAGGAACAAAAGAAGAAAGAUGAUACGCUUGGUGGUAAGAAACCAUUUCGACCAGAGGCCUCAGGCUCAAGUCGGGAUUCUCUGAUAUCUCAGUCCCAUACCUCACACAACCUUCAUCCUCAGAAGCCUCAUUUGCCUGCCUCCCAUGGCCCACAGAUUCAUGGACAUCCAAGAGAUAACUACAGUCACCCCAACAAGAGACACUUUAGUAACGCAGAUCGAGGAGACUGGCAGCGGGAAAGAAAGUUCAACUAUGGUGGUGGUAAUAAUGCCCCCUGGGGCAGUGACCGGCACCAUCAGUAUGAGCAGCACUGGUACAAGGAUCACCAUUACGGUGACCGGAGGCAUAUGGAUGCCCACCGUUCUGGAAGCUACCGACCUAAUAACAUGUCCAGAAAGAGACCGUAUGAGCAGUACAGCAGCGACCGAGACCACCGGGGACACAGAGACUAUUAUGACAGGCACCAUCAUGACUCCAAGCGGAGGAGGUCAGAUGAUUUUAGGCCCCAGAAUUACCAUCAGCAGGAUUUCCGGCGAAUGUCUGACCACCGACCCACUAUGGGUUACCACGGCCAGGGACCCUCAGACCAUUACCGCUCUUUCCACACAGACAAGCUGGGGGAAUAUAAACAGCCCCUGCCCUCAUUGCACACUGCAGUCUCAGAUCCUCGCUCACCCCCUUCCCAGAAAUCUCCCCAUGACUCCAAAUCACCCUUGGAUCACAGAUCUCCUUUGGAGAGAUCACUAGAACAGAAAAACAACCCAGAUUAUAACUGGAAUGUCCGGAAAACAUAAAGGACAGCUCUGGAAGGUGAGAGAGCUCAGGAGUCAUCAAGCACUUGGACAUUGUGGUCUGGUCCAGCAGUGGCCAGUGGUCAGGCUGGUGAGUGGAGUUUCUGGAUACACUGCUGCUGAAUCCACUAACUGGGCGGCUGAAGGAGCACUUGAAGGAGUUGGAGGCCUUCGUCUGCUGCUUUGGUUUGGUCUCCACUUCUGCACUUUGGUACCCCAUCCCGUCCUAGCCUAUGGUGGCCUCCCACCUCCAUGGGUGCUAGGAGGAGGUGACUAUGUACCAGCUUCAUUGGGCUACUUCCUCUGUGAAGGAAUCUGGGAUCUUGAGAGUCAAUGAAUGUUAUAUUCAGCAUGAGUGACCAGGGCAAGGACCUGCUGGACAGUGUGUGAUUGGUUCACUAUGACACGAGGGAUGCUGCUGAUGGGAAGUGGGAAGUGGGGUCACAGGGCGUGUUUCACACUGCAAGACUUGAAAGGGGAGCAGGUAUAUCCCUCAGAUUUGUUCUUGGGAGAAAUGAUACACUUGGUCUCAUUAUGUGAAGUGAGGUGGGGAUAAAGAGACAGGGGAAAUGACUUCCACCGUGACCUCCUCCCUACCAACACUAAUUUUUCCCACACUAUCUUUGUACAUUUCAAAGGUUGGGUCUUCUGGGUGGAGUCCGUUUUCCCUCUUCAUCAGGGAGAGUUGGAUCCCUCUGGCUGACUUUAGAAUACUGUGACUUGGGCAUCAUUGAUGCCAGCGUGGGUCUUAUUUGUCUGGGGAGUGGGCUAAGUGGGUGUAGGGGUGGAGAUGGGGGGUGGGGGUAGUAUAACCAGGAAAUGGGAAUCCCUGGUGGGUUUCUGAUUCCUGUGGUGAGAAGGAAAGUCACAGGUCCAGGAGAUGGAAAUGAAGAUGGCCUGCUGAUGAGGUAGCUGCUGGGGAGUCCAGAGGUGGGGCUCUCAUGCAGAGAGGGGCGGGAUGCCUAAUGUGGGCAUUGGUAGUGCUAGGAAGAGGGAGCUUUCAGUAUUGGAGUGGGUCAGCGAAUGUAGCUGCAUCUUGGUUUCUUUACACAGCUUGAAGAGGCAGGCUAUACAGACCCAAACAUCUUGACAGUCCAGGUGCAGUCAGGUGAAAAUCGCUAAGUGCAGUGGUUACAUUUCCAUUACAAGUUGGAACUCAGUAGAAUCGAACCCUUUUUCUUUAAGAUCUGUAGAGUAUAAGCCUAAGUUAAUCCCCCCCACACACCACACACACACACACACACACACACACACACACACACACACACAUCAAAAGCAUCCAUGAUUGGGGUAGCUGAGCAGUAAGAUGUCAGGAGGCCUGUUAGCAUUGGGUUGGGUCGGGUUGGGUUGGGUUGUGGGACUGACAGGUUGUAUCGCUGAAUGGCUCUUCUCAGUCUCUGGAUCCUGGGCCAGGGCCUUUGGUUUUACUCGCUUUCUGUAUAGCUUGCCAGUAUUGUUGGGGUAUCCAAAGCCUUUCUAGAUGGAGACAGGAAACUGACUUGAACAUAGGGUAUGUAUGGUUUGCCUCUGUAAGAAUCCAGGCUCAUUCUGGGUUGAUGAAAAGUCUUGUUUUGGACUUAAGCAGGGUUUGGCUCCCUGAACUCCCUUGGUGCUGGGGAGGCUCAUCCCAGGCAAUACCAUUAACGACUUUUCCCAAGACAAGCUUGAGUUACGUCCUUGAGUGAAACAUCUGGCCAUGGCAUGGCUGUGGUGGGCCAUUGCUUCUGCUGCUUAGAGCACCAUGGCCCCCGGCUGGUGCUGAGUUAGCCCCUGCAGCUAGUGCUCAGUAGACCAUCAUCUUCUUGACUCCUCAUGGUACUUGGGUCCUUCACUCCAACCAUGUGCAUGCGUGACUUGCAGCAAAGCCCACUGGCUGCAUGGGAGUCCCCUGGCUAUAGUCUCCUGCCUGGUGGCCUGCCAUGACUUCUCAGUUGAAGUCUGAAAGUCAGGCCUACUUUGGCCACACAGUGAAAAGUAAACCAUAGGUGGAACUUCUUGCUGAUAACAUUGACACUAAUCUGUCUUUGGUUUGCUGGGCUCUUUGACGCUGGGAGGACAGCAAGAAUGAGAGGUACCCUGUGAAAGGUGGAGGCCUUGCCUUUCCAUUCUCACCUAGGUCUUUCAACUUGUUGGUAGAAGUUACAAGUUAUUCUCAAAGAUGUCUCAUCAUGAGGAAAAAGGAACUUCCUUUUGUUCACAUUCAGGACUGUGGUGCCAUAAAAUGUAGCAAAAGGCAGUAUUGGCCAGAUCAGUGUUACAUUGAUUCUAAGAUUACAGUAUCUCCCAUCAGACAUGUGUUUUAGGUGUUGAAAUGUGUUUGAAGAGUGGGUUGGGAGAAGGGUAUUCCUCUUACUUUAAACUGGUAUGUGCAUCACAUGCUUACAUCACAAGUUUGUAUAGGUGGGAGAAGCUGCCAGUGGAGUUCUGUGGAGCCUGGCUUUGAGCAGCUCACUGUUGAGGAAAUGGCAGGACUUGAGGAAGGAGAGUGAGUGUUGCCAAGGCCUGAAGUACUGUGAUGCACUGUGGCCCUAGAAAAGGAAGGUUGAAGCCUCUGCUGAUCACUAUGUCCUCUCAGCUUGGCCAGCCUGCAGGAGCCCAAAUCUGACGGUCUUUCCUUGUACUCUGUGUAGUCAUUCCUUAAGCCCCACAAAGGGAGCGCAAACAUUUCUCACUGUGCUGCUGGUGUUCUGACCUGGUGUGUCUGGCAGUUGCAUCAGGCUUUGCAGAGCAAAGGUGAUUCACUUUAAGUGUUCACACACAGCAACACUGAAAUCCUACAGACCAAAACCCACAUGUCAGCAGGAACCGUGGUCCAGGCCCAGCACUGUGGUCUUCUAGUUGAGGCCAGCUGUGUUGGGUGAAGAGAGCCAUGCCAAGGGUCCAGGCUGCUUUAGCCCAUCUUGUGCCCUACUCAUUUGGGGACAGGUGGUUUUUCUUGUAAACUUGUGGACUUUUGAAACCUGUUGACUAAACAGUAAUUAAUUUAUAUUUGUGAAAAAUGCCACUGUCCUAGUGAUUUCUGAUGUAAAUAAUGUUGUUUAUAUAGUAUGUAUUAAAAUUUUCCUACAUUGUAAAA